GAUUACAAAACGCGUUUCUUUAUCUUUAUUUUCUAAAAGCAUGAGACGAUCCAAUCCAAGAAACACCCUACGAUCAACCACUCCCCCACCUCCCCCACUUCCCCCACCAACACUGCUACCUUCACAAUCCAAUGAACAAACAAUAACAAAUACCGAUCGUGCUUCACAAGCCAUACUAGAUCUCGUUCAAAAGAAGCAGCGGGAAGUAGAAGAAACGAUGAAAAUAAGACAGUUGAGUGUCGAUAUGGUUCAUAAACUACGCCAAUUAUCGCAAGGCAUGCAAGCACUAACAGAAAAUUCAGCUAGUGUGAGGAAGACGUUAGAGAACUGGGAAGUUGUGUUUAACACCAUGGGUGAAAUGAACACACAAGAACAGAAUGCUACUUGGGUUCGGUUUCAAAAAUAAUAAUAAAGACAGUGACAGUUGUUUUUUCUCUUUUU